AUGGCUUCGACAUUGUUUCCACGCCUCCCCGAUCGUCCUCUCUCUAAAAGAGGGCGCACCGAUGAAACCUUUCUGUUUUCCGCAAAGAACAUUGACAAAUUUCCACGAUUCCAUAUUAUCCACACUGAAUGCCCAGAAAUGACAGCAAGAUUAGUCUCACCUUUCCUUGUGUCGAAGUGUCUUACGGACAUAAUCGGACCAGGUUACAAAGCCACGAAAAUGGCCAGUGGAGACCUUCUCCUAGAAGUUCAGAACAAGACCCAGUAUGACAAACUGAACACCCUCCUGUCCUUUGGCAAUACUCCUAUAACGGUAACUGCACACCGCUCCUUGAACACAGUUCGUGGUGUGGUAUCUGAUAGUGACCUCUUGAAUCUCACCGAAAAUGAACUCCUUGACGGAUGGAAAGAUGAAAAUGUUAUCCAAGUGCAGCGAAUCAAGAUAAGGCGCAAUGACCAGGAAAUACCGACAAAGCACUUAAUCCUAACCUUUGGCUCCAGUAUACUCCCAGAAUAUAUCCAAGCAGGCUACAUAAAGAUACGUGUCAGACCAUACAUUCCUAAUCCUCGCAGGUGCUUCAAAUGCCAGAAGUUUGGUCAUAGCUCCCAGAGCUGCCGUGGCCGAACGUCCUGUGCAAAAUGUGGUGCUAACAACGAACACACAGCUGAAAAUUGCACAUCUGACCCGCAUUGUUCAAACUGUGAUGGAGAUCAUCCUGCGUACUCGCGCUCUUGCCCUGCGUGGAAGAGAGAGAAGGAGAUCAUCACCCUAAAAGUGAAGGAGAACAUUUCAUUUAAUGAAGCAAGAAAGCGAUUUUCUUUUGUAAAACCUUCUUAUGCCGAUACGGUGCGCGUGGGGGCUGCGCCGCACCGGCCUCUAGCAGCUGUCCGAACCACACAUAGUGGGCCGGCAGCAGCUACUUCUGCCCCCUCGGUGGUGGCAGCUGCCGCUGCUCCACCUUCGUCUAAGAAGGACCAGCAGGCCUCCGAGCCUGUGGCCUUUAAGGCCCCUGCACAUGCAGUGAGGCCUGACAAAUCGUCCCAUGUGCCCCGGGAAAGGGCGAACAGCGCCUCGCAAGAGGCGAUGGAUACUUCUUCUUGCCCCUCUACGCCUCUGGCACAGAGGGAGCGGCGUGGCUCACUUGAGCGCGCCAAAAAAGAAAAAUCUCGAAUUACUGCUCCACAAAAAAACACAGUUCCUUAAGUUGAAUACCUUGUUUUGUACACAGAGCAUUCAUUUUUCUUUUAAUUAUAUGGCUGUCCAAAUUUUGCAGUGGAACGUCAGAGGUCUUAUCAAUAAUCUAGAUGACGUCCAAGAACUCAUCAGUCACUUCCAGCCGAAGAUGCUCUGUGUACAAGAAACGCAUCUGAAUUCAUCACAUAAUAAUUUUCUUAAGCAGUUCGUAAUUUUUAGAAAAGAUCGUGAUGGUGCUCUCACAUCAUCAGGAGGCGUUGCGAUAAUUGCUGAUAAGUCGAUCGCCUGUCAAGAGGUGACAUUACAGACUCCUCUUGAGGCUGUGGCAAUCCGCGCCAUAUUGCAUGAUAGGCUCGUAACACUGUGCUCGUUAUAUAUUCCACCAGAUUAUAUAUUAAAUAGGAUGGUCUUUGAAAACUUGAUAUCCCAGCUGCCUCAGCCCUACAUGUUGCUUGGUGAUUUUAAUGCCCACAAUACAUUAUGGGGCGACUCGCGGUGUGAUGCAAGAGGUCGCCUCAUUGAAAAUAUCCUGCUCUCUACAGGUACCUGCCUCUUCAAUAAGAAGGAACCUACCUUCUACAGUACGAGACACAACACGUGCUCUGCCAUAGAUUUAACAAUUGGCUCUCCUUCACUACUUCCACAUUUCGAAUGGUCAGUGAUCAAAAAUCCGUAUGGAAGUGAUCACUAUCCUAUCAUUCUACAUACGGCAGAACAAUUGGGACAUAAUACCUACCCGCCUCGCUGGAAGCUAGAGAGUGCAGAUUGGCAACGCUAUCGGGAACUUAGCUACGUAUCUCGAAAUUCUAUUAAUAACCUAAGUAUAGAUGGUGCAGUCUCAUAUAUCACUGCUGUCAUAAUUGACGCGGCAACAAACUGUAUACAGCAGACACAUGGUUCCGCAAGCAAAAAACGAAUCCCUUGGUGGAAUGACGCAUGUAGAAAGGCGCGGAAAGAUCAAAAUAAGGCUUGGGGCCUUUUGCGCCGUUCACCAACGACAGAAAACCUUGUAAAUUUUAGACAGAUGAAAUCAAGAGGGCGGCGCACACGACGCCAAGCACGCAGAGAAAGUUGGGAAAGGUUCCUGUCAGGAAUCAAUUCUUACACGGAUGAGGCUAAGGUGUGGAAGAGAUUGGGAAAAUUUUAUGGUCGACAAUCGCACCCACUUCCUUUGGUGAACGACCAAGGGGAAAGCUUGGCAGACCAGGCUAACGCGCUUGGUAACCACUUUGAAAACGUAUCUAGUUCGGCACACUACUCCGAGUCCUUCCUCAAACGCAAAGCUAUAGCCGAAAAAAAGCCAGUCAAUCGUAAAGGUGUAGAUGAUGAACCAUACAACCGUCCUUUUACUCUCGCCGAAUUUAAGGCUGCACUGAGCAGCUGUAGCAACUCCUCACCUGGAGGUGACAGAGUUGUAUAUGACAUGAUAAGAUACCUGAAUGCUGAAAGUCAAAUGGCAUUACUUUCCCUUUUUAAUAGAAUCUGGGCUGCGGGAUACAUACCUUGCACAUGGAAGGAAGCUAUAGUAAUUCCUAUUCUAAAGACAGGCAAAGACCCAUCUUCAGUAUCCAGCUAUAGGCCAAUAGCGCUCACAAGUUGUAUCUGUAAGCUUUUCGAGAAAAUGAUUAACCGACGAUUGCUAUAUUAUCUGGAAAAUAACAAUGCGCUAGAUACAUAUCAGUGCGGUUUUAGAGAAAACAGAUCAACCGUUGACCACCUUGUUCGAAUAGAAGCAAUUAUAAGAGAUGCUUUUGUCCACAACCAAUAUUUUUUGUCUGUCUUUUUUGAUAUGGAGAAAGCCUAUGAUACAACAUGGCGCUAUGGAAUACUACAAGACCUAUCGUCUAUGGGGGUACGAGGCAAGAUGUUGAAUCUCGUAGAAAGUUAUCUCUCGAACCGAACUUUCCGUGUUAGACUUGGGAACACACUGUCAAGAGUUUUCAUUCAGGAAACUGGUGUACCUCAGGGAGGUGUCCUGAGUUGCACAUUGUUCAUCGUUAAAAUGAAUUCGCUUCGUUCUGCCAUACCACCAACAAUUUCUUACUCUGUUUACGUCGAUGACGUCCAGAUAGGUUUUAAGUCUUGCAAUCUGGCCAUCUGUGAAAGACAAGUCCAGCUGGCUGUUAGCAAAAUGUCGAAAUGGGCAGAUGAGAAUGGCUUCAGGUUUAGCGCUCAAAAAAGCACUUGUGUGCUUUUCUCUCGAAAGAGGGGUUUAGCUGCAGAUCCUGCCAUUGAGCUGCAUGGAGUACACC